GAACGUUGUAGUUUAAUAGAGGAGCGCGAGCGCCAACGGAAACUACUGGACGCCAUUUUCAACCCAGAAGUUACAACGAGCAGACGUCCAGCGGCAGUUGGUGAUGAAACAAGAGGUUCCCCCUGAACAGCAGGACUGGAGCUCCAGUCUGGACCAGGAAGACCCAGAGCCUCCAGAACCUCCACAUAUUAAAGAGGACCAGGAGGACCCAGAGCCUCCACACAUUAAAGAGGAGCAGGAGGACCAGGAGCCUCCACACAUUAAAGAGGAGCAGGAUGAACUCAGGAUCAGUCAGGAGUGAGAGCAGCUUCAAAAGCUGGAGGAGGCUGGAAUCAAGUUCUCAUUCACCCCUGUAAAGAGUCAAUAUGAUGAUGAGGAAGCUCAGCUCUCAAAGUCAAUAAAAACCGACAAAAGAGAGGCAGAACAUUUGAAAACAGAAGCAGACGGAGAGGAAGUCAGAUCCAGAUCAGAUGCAGAUAGUCCUUUACAACAAACUGCUGAUGAGACGUCACAAUCCUCUGAAUGUGAGACUGAUAACAGUGACGAUUGGAAGGAGACUCAGGAACCUCAGUCACGUUUAAACCCUUUGGAAAACAAUGAAGUCCCUGUAGGUGACAUGGACUGUGGUACUGGAAACGCAUCAAUUAGCUCUUCUCAAUAUGCUGGAAGCUUUGGCCAAAAGAGACAUCCGAAGAAACACUCUGGAGCCACAACAGGAGUGACCAGUUCUUCAGUUUGUGGUAAAACAUUCAGACAACUGCAACCUCUGAAACAACACUCAACUGUUCAUACGAGAGUGAAACUAUUCAGUUGUUCAGUUUGUGGUAAAACAUUCAGCCGAGCACGCAAUCUGAAACUACACUCAACUGUUCAUACUGGAGAGAAACUAUUCAGUUGUUCAUUUUGUGUUCAAACAUUCAGCCGGGCACGCUAUCUGAAACAACACUCAACUGUCCACACAGGGGAGAAACUAUUCAGUUGUUCAGUUUGUGGUAAAACAUUCAGACAACUGCAACCUCUGAAACGACACUCAACUGUUCAUACAGGAAAGAAACUAUUCAGUUGUUCAGUUUGUGGUAAAACAUUCAGACAAGCAUGCAAUCUAAAACGACACUCAGCUGUUCAUACUGGAGAGGAACUGUUCAGUUGUUCAGUUUGUGGUAAAACAUUCAGACAAGCAUGCAAUCUAAAACGACACUCAGCUGUUCAUACUGGAGAGGAACUGUUCAGUUGUUCAGUUUGUGGUAAAACAUUCAGACAAGCAUGCAAUCUAAAACGACACUCAGCUGUUCAUACUGGAGAGGAACUGUUCAGUUCAGUUUGUGGUAAAACAUUCAGACAAGCAUGCAAUCUAAAACGACACUCAGCUGUUCAUACUGGAGAGGAACUGUUCAGUUGUUCAGUUUGUGGUAAAACAUUUAGACAAGCAGGCAAUCUAAAACGACACUCAGCUGUUCAUACAGGUGAGAAACUGUUCAGUUGUUCAGUUUGUGGUAAAACAUUUAGACAAGCAGGCAAUCUAAAACGACACUCAACUGUUCAUACAGGUGAGAAACUAUUCAGUUGUUCAGUUUGUGGUAAAACAUUCAGUCAAGCAGGCAGUCUGAAACAACACUCAAUUGUUCAUACAAGAGAGACAGGGCUCCAGACUAACUUUUUUAACUCGGAGCACAGUGGCCCCUAACUUAAAAUGUUAGGGGCGCAAGCAGAAAAUUUAGGGGCGCAUACAGGGU